GUGAACUUGGAUGUGAUGGGCUGAGUUUUUGUACGAACUUCAACAAUAAACCUACAGAACUAUUUAGAGCCUGUACUUCUCAAGCUGACGAAGCGGCCAGAAAUGAUGUUGCCCUUUGGCAAAUGCAAAAUAAUAUUUCAUUGGCACCAGGACUCACUCUUCCCCUAAAAUCCACUACAAAAUGCUCACCUAAUAUCUGGAAAGCAGUAGCAUGUACUCUUCAAAUAAAACCAUGUUCAAGGACAUCACACGCAAAUCAACUAUGUCGAGAUGUCUGCUUGGACAUACUCUCACAAUGUGUCGAUUGGACUAGAGUUUCUCCAGUUCAUUCUCCUGAGUCAAUUUGCGAAAGCCUGUCGCCGGAGGAUCCUGAUGAUUCCUGUGUAAGGUUACAGACUUAUUUAAAUCCUUCUUCUUAUAAGUCAUCGAGAAUUACUGGCCAGGUCUUUAGUCCCUGUAAAGGAAAUCCUUGUGAAGCAGAUGAAGUUUGUUUGAUUAAUAGAAACUGUAUUCAUGGUAUUAACUGCAAGCCGUACCUCUGUAGACCUGGAUGUAAACUGGGUGAAGUAUCGCCUUAUAUGGUACCAGACGGAACUUACGUUCGUGUUCCUACCCCGAACAGUCCGGAAGGUUGUGUCAAAAUUUGUAAAUGCAAUAAAAACAAAAUAGAGGAAUAUAAACGCCUACUCUGUUACCCAUUGACACCGUGUCUUCUGGGAAACACUCAAGAGCCUCAUGGGACAAUUUUCCACCAGGACUGUAACCAAUGCAGCUGUUAUGCAGGAGAAACCAUAUGUAGUAAGAAGCAGUGUGAAAGUACUAGUCUCAGUGGCAGAAACACUGCCUAUACCACAUUACCUUGUAAUUGUCCCCCACAUUACGUACCUGUCUGUGGAAGAAAUGGAAUUACUUAUCCAUCAACUUGUUUAGCUAAAUGUGCUGAUUUAAAUGAUGCAGAUAUAGAACAUUACCCUUGUCAGAAUCCUUGUAAGGCUAACUCAUGUCCAGUUGGGCAAAAAUGUGUUCCGGAUCCUCAAGUAUGUUUGAGUCUCAUGCACAAACCAUGUAAUCAAUAUGAGUGUAUAAAUGGAUCUUCUAACUGCUCAUACCUUCCUAAGGAUCCAGUAUGUGAUAUCGACAAUCAAGAAUAUGAAAACUCAUGUCUUCUAGCACACCACAAUGCUAAACUAGCUUAUAGAGGCCGAUGCCUAACAAAAUGUAAACAUCGCUCACAAGUAUGCGGAUUUAAUGGAAAAACCUACAUUUCUGAAUGUGCUGCAUUCGCCGAUAUGGUGGCUGUCGACUAUGAAGGACCGUGUGUUGCAAUGGGACUUAUUACAAAUAUUAAAUCUAAACAGUGUCUAGGAGUUAAAUGUCCGGAAUUACAAAAUUCUAAUUGCAUAGGAAUAACCCCACCUGGAGCUUGUUGUCCAAUCUGCGGAGGAGCCAUGCGUUUGCUCUAUUCAAGGAAACAGAUUGAUAGGGCACUGUUUGCCCUUCAAAAUCAUACUACCAAACCAUUAAACCUCCAGUCGGUGUUAGAAGCAUUAGAAAGACAAAUUCAAGUUGCACAAUGUACCUUAAAAGGUUACUUAUCGGUUGAACUGGAUAUAUUUGUCAUCGUUCAUAGCACAGAAAGGAAUCCUUCCGAUUUGCAACUCGAAGCCUGUAUACGAGAAGCAGAGAAAAUUGCGAGCCUCAUCAAUAUUCAAAGUCCUAGGAUUGUCAGCGAAUUGAGCCUCAGUUCUUUGACAGCUGCAAGCAUAGUUCAUACACAAAUGAGCUCGUCGGUUAACAAUCAUGUAAACAAUUUAAGGUUAUCAAUACUUGCUGUGAUACUCGUAGGAUUUUUUCAAAAAUUAGUCUCAUCCUUAUGAGUAUUACAAGAACAAUAUAUGUAAUAUUUAACGAGAGAUAUCCACCGUCUUAUAAAUUCAUAACUAUUGUGUGUGGGUAGACACAUACAUUGUUCUAAUGUUAAAUAAGAUGGCGUGUGACUAUCAUUAUACCAUAUCAUAUUUACAAGUGCAAUACACAAUCUCUAGUUUGAGAGCACUAUAAUAUUACAAAGUAGUUUUUGUCUCUAAAUAUGGAUACGUGUUAUCAAGAAGAUCUUGUUACACACGGGAAAUCUUCAAGGGGCUUUUAUAUUCUAAGAAAAUGUUUACCUACGCUAAAUUUGACUUAAACGAUAAUCCCGUUAUUUCACAUAAAACAAUUAAAAAUCUAUUAGUACAUGAGUUACUUAUAAUUAAUGUAUUUUUAGAAAUAUUUGCUUAUGAAUGGCAUAUCCGUAAACAUUUGUUUGUUACACUUUGUGUUUUCUAUUUUCGGUGCUUUUGGUUUUUCUAAUUUGUCGACAAUACUUUCUAUGUGGAUUUUUUUUAUUAGACAAUUUUGAGAUUUUUUUUUAGAGUUUGAUAUAUUGGUUUUGAAAUAUUACAAGCGACUGAGACUGCAUUUGAUAGGGCGAGGAGCAUGCAGCGAUGAUGUAGCGCUGGUUCCUAUAGAGCAUAAAUGCUAGAUACCGGAGAAGUUGGAAAAGCCCCUGUAAUUAAUCUAAAACUUUUAUUAUAAAUGACAUCUAAUGAUUUAAGAAGAGACUGAUUAGAAGUGGAAUAUUGCUCCAUAAUCUAGCUUAGAACGUAUUAAAGAUUUAUACAGAAGAAGUAGAGUGGAUUGGUCUGAGGCCAGUUUUCCAAAGAUCUUACACUUUAAUCUUUUAUUACAGGAAACGAUGAGUUGUGAGAUGUGGUCUUUACAUGUAAGCUUUGAAUCAAAGAUUAAACCCAAGACUUUGUGAUGAUCUCUAAACUCCAGCUGUUUCUUUUUCUCAGGUUUGGGGGUUAUAGCAAGAAGCUUGAAGAGAAUACAACUCUUAUUGAUUUUUCUAUUGAAAAUUGAAAACCUGUAAGGUGGGACCAAUUUUCGAGAGUUUCCAAAAAGUUUUGAAGAAUUGAAGACAUUAAGAAGAUAUUUUUGCUUUUAAUAGAUACCACUAUGUCGUCAGCGUGUAAAUGGGCGUGUAAAGGUGCUUGGAUAUUUUUGAUUAUAUCAUUUAUUGGCACUAGAAAUAAUGUUGGACUGAGCAUGGAUCCUUGGGGUGCACCAUUUUUCAAAUGAUAAAUAUUUGAAAAAAUAUUUAUUUUCACUUGAAAAGAUCUGUUGUUUAAAGAGUUUUGGAUAAAGAUAAGGCAGUGACCUUGAAAAUUUCAAUUAUGAAGUUGUCUCAAAAUGUACUUUCAAGCUUUAUUACAUGAAAAUUCUAAAUAAAAAAAUAUAGCAACGCAUUUUGGUGUGUAGCAAUAGCUUCAUGUAUCUCACUUUCCAAGUCAAAAAUGUUGCUAUGGUUGACCGAUCUUUUCUAAAGCCAUUUUACUCGGAGAUUAAGAAAUUGGAAUUUUCCAAAACCCAUAAGAGCCUGAGUUAGCAAUAUUUUCUAGUAAUUUGCACGCUGUCGAUGUCAGAGAUAUGGGUCGGUAUGAUUCUGGGUUAUAUUUGUCAGUUUUGUCAGUUUUUAGGAGAGGAAUAACUAUUGGCUUUGACCAAAUAGCUGGCCAUUGGUGUGGAGCAAAUUUUGUUAAACAUGUUUGAAAGAUACGUUAUGGCUGAAACAGGAAGAUAUUUCAGAAAUGCUGAAGGAAUAUCAUCAGGUCCAGGACUAGAAUCCUUCAGGUUAAGAAGAGAUGAGUUUAUCUAUUGAAAAGAGAUAGGAUCGGUGUAAGGAAUUAUUUUGAACUUCUAAUUGAUGUACGGGAUUUUGUUCGUCGAAUUCUUUGACUUUAAGAAAAUUGGCUGUAUACUGUUAAUUCGAUGAGUGGCUUUGAUAGAUUCUACCAAAAAUGUUUGCAGUAUCACUGUUCGAUGUUAUGAAAUUAUUUUUUCUUCUAAAUCCUUGAAAUUGUGUGAAGUGUGUAAACCAGAUAUUUUUCUAACUUUGUUCCAGACAUAAAAGAGAAGGGUAUUGCUAUUAAUUUCCGAUACGUACUUAUUUCAUGAAAAUGUUUUAGCAUCUGUGUGGAUUUCUUGGGAACAUUUUUAUUUAUUUAUUUCCUUGGUUUUUUCUAAGCUGUCAACAAACAAUAUAUGUACGUCUGUUUGUUUUUUGACACAUUUCCUGUUUAUUAUUUGGUAAAUUAUUGUUGGAGCAUAAGAGAUAUUUUUUAAGGUGCUGUGAAUUUCUAUAUUGACAUCCAUCGUUCAUAUUGCUAUUAGCUAAAUUGUUGGAUAGUCCUGAUCUGAUUAUUUUAAUUCCCACUGUAUGGCGAGCACUUAUUAGUCCUGGAUUGCUACAUUUACUUUCUUAACUCAAUCUGCUACAUGGGCGGUACCGUGGUACACCAAAUAAAAUCGACCUAAAAAUAUUUAUAUAUGUAUAUUUAAGAACAUAUGACAAAAUCAAUCUUAAGCUAUGACAUGCCAAGAGUUUAUUUUGUAUACAAAAAUAUUUUAUUAUAUUAUUAUCCACAAGUUGGGCAUAUUUCUUUUGGUGCUGCAAAUACCUAACUGAAUCUUUUGCAUAUGGCGCAGCUAACUAUGGAUUUUUGAUCUUCGUGUCUGGGACAAAAUGUACAUCUAUUUGGUUUUUCUGUUGGAUUAGGUAUUUCUAGUAUAUUGCAAAUAGUUUCGCGAAGUUCACGCCUCAAAAUCUAACAUUCUGAACGACUUUCCAUUUGAGAUUUCACUAAAUCUUCUUCUUUUUCUUCUUUUUAUGUAGACAUGACUGUCUGUUUUUCAAUGUGUCUCUAGUAAGUUGUCAUUUCAUCGUGUUGUCAUGCGGCUUAUAUGAUCGUUCCAUUUUACUCUUCUAUUUCUUACUCAGCUGUUGUUGUUCUCCACCUUACAUCUACGUCGUAUAUCUGUACUUCUUGCUCUUCCCCAUAGUGUCUUACCAUCAAUAUCUUUUUCUAUACGUGUCAGGUCAUGUUUCUGCCGCGUGUAAUUAUUGGUUUUAUGACUGUUUUGUAAAUUCUGCCUUUCGUUUCUUUCCCGAUAUUUUUAUUUCUCCAUAUUGUUUCAUUCAGGUAGCCUGCGGCUCUGUUUGCUCUAUUCACUUGGUCUUCCACUUGAGCUUCGAGCUUUCUGUAGCUAGCUGUAAAUGCCAAUACGUAAAUUUUUAUAACCCAGUUGAAAAUAUUUUAUUAACCUAAAAAGUUUGUGAUGCUGUUAAUUCUUCAGUGGCCUAAAUCUAUUUUGAUUAAAAAAGCUUUGCAUGCUCUAUCUUUUUUUUAAUUAAUCACCAAGAUCAUUUUGAUUGCACAUGGACCAUUUAGAGUUCUUACAAAAACUAUGGAAUACAUUUUCUAAACAUUGAAUAUAGGAGGGGGGGGGGGGUAGUUUUAAAGUUUUAUAUUCAUAUUUAAGUCACAACAAGUACCUUUAAAAAAAAACAAAGUUAGAUAAUCUUUACAAUCAAUAUAAACAAUUCAACCGUUACCAAAUAUAAUAAUCGUGAUUACGCUCAAGGAACUGAGGCCAAAUCUAUUUUAUUGUUAAUAGUUUAAUAAAGUCAAAAAAUAUUCGUAAGACUUUGUUACAAGAGAAAUAUCUGUGAUAUAAAAUACUUUUAGAGCUUUUGUAAGUAGAUUUUACAUAUGACGUAUAAAAACUGAUGUACAUAUUUGAGAAUAUUAUUUGUAUAUAAAGUUUAUAUAUAUUUGUAAUUAUUUUACGCUAAGAUUUUGUACUGGUUGAAAUUUAUGGGAUUUAGCAAGAAAGAUAUUUAUAUAAAAGUUUUAAGUAAAUAAUGGCUUUAAUCGCAUGGAUUAGAUUUUAUGUAUCUAAUUUUAUUACUGCUCUAUUUAGUAGAUUACACAAGUUCUUUCUAUUCAGAAAAAUGGGAUCCGUCCUAAAGUACAAUGGUAGGGUAGAUGAAGGAAAUGACAGCCAAAAGCAAAUUAUUUUAUCGCUAUAGGUUCGAAAAGUAUGUAGUUUGAUUGCAUCACAUUUUAUUUGCUGUUAAAUUAUGCUGUUAAAUUAUGUUUUUUAUUUUAAAAUAUUUUAAAUGACAAAUGCACUUUGGAGUAAUGAGAUACACUAUGGUCAUCAUUACCCUAAUGUGACCCCAUUACCUAGAGGACCCAUUUUUACAUAUAUUUCUGCUGCCCAGAACAUGGAAAAGAAAACCGGUAAGGGUUUGUGGACAUCAGGAGACCUCCAAAGGCCUAGGUUGGUGGCUAAUGGAAUGGGUAUCUCCAUUCCAUUAGCCACCAUAUUUUUCAUAGAAAAGCAGCUUUUCAAUCUAAUAUCCCAUACCAAACAUUCCAAAGAAGAUUAAAGAACGGCAACUUGCAAUGUCCGGCACAAUUAGGCAGACGUCCUUGUUCUACAAUUGUUUUUUAUUGAGGUUACAACUAUGUCGCCUUGUCUAUAGAUUCGCAGAAAAUCUAAAGAUAAAGCAUCGUUUUAAUACCCAGAAGCAGCUAGCUGGAAGAGACUGGCUGGAACGCAGGAAGAUACUGGACCAUCAUUAGCUUUGAUCAACCAAGGCAUUGACAAACCGUAGAUAGAAACUUUAGGUAAAAAAUUAAAGGUAGAAGGUAAAAAUGUAUGAAAACACUCCAGAAUUUCUCACUACCAGAGGCGUGAGACACGGAGACACAAUAUCACCAAAGCUCUUCACUGCAACUCUAGAAAAAAUAUUCAGCAAAAUGAACUGGCAGAACAAAGUGAUAUCCAUUGAUGGAGAAUACCUUAGCCAUCUAAGAUUUGCAGACGACACCAAGAACUUAUAAGCGACCUAAAUGCAGCUAACAAUGAAGUUGGCCUAAAAAUGAACUUGACGAAAGCUAAAAACCAUGUACAACGAGCUAGUGGAUGUCCAAGAUGUAAUAAUAAAAUAAUAAACAGCACUGUACUUAAGACAGUAGACGAUUAUGUAUACCUGGGACAAUUAAUACAUAAAUUUGCCUUCCUCUUUCCAGAAAUCAAUAGAAGAAUGAAACUAGCUUGGGCAUCUGUUGGUAGAAAUGCAGUUAUAUUCAAAUCGAAGAUGCCAAUCCACCUGAAGAAAAAAGCAUUUGAUCAUUGUAUCUUACGAAUCAUGACAUACGAUGGCGAAACUUGGACACUAAAGAAAGAGAUAUAUCGAAACUCAAAGUCACUAAAAGGUCAAUGGAGCGAUGCGUGCUAGGUAUAACAAAAAGAGAUCGAAAAAGAAUAUAAUGGAUCAGACAGAAAACAAAAAUUACUGAUAUAAUCCACAGAAUCAAAUCUUUAAAAUGGCAGUGGGCUGGACAUUUAGCGAGAAGAACUGACAAUAGGUGGUCCACUAGAACUACACUGUGGUAUCAAAAGGCAUCAAGAGACCAAAACGACGUCCAAAUUUAAGAUGAGACUAUGACAUAAGGAACAAGCUGGUACAACAUGGCACAAUGGCAUAGAAAAGCGAAUUUUAGAAAAUCGUGGACAGAAAUAACGAUGUAAGGGAGACUGCAUGAUUAAUCGGUAACUAUUAUAGCAAAAAAAAAAUGACAAAAAAGAAUAGGUUCUGCAACUAGUUGGGAACGCCAUGAGUGUUCUUGUCUUCGCAUCUACGUAGUGACCUGUUGAAUAGGUGCUGGUACCAACGUUGAGAUGUUUCUGGAUUGGUUAACGCAUUUGAUUAAAUUCACAAAAUCGGGUCAAGACUAGCCAGUUCUGCUUAUGCUAGACAAUCAUUCUAUUCGCACAACACUUGAAGCCUAUAUUCAUUUUAGGAACAGCUAUAUAAUUAUGCUGCCACUACCGCCACAUUCAUUUCACUGAAUGCAACCUUUGGACGUCACGUUAUUUGUACCCUUGAAAAAAGCAUACUAUAGGGAAUAUUAUCUAUAGAUGAGAUCGAGUACUUUACUCCAAAUAACAUCUUAUGAUGUCGCAAGUAUCUUCGAUGAAGCAUAUAUUAGACAGGCUUUAACAGACAAAUAAAUAUCGUGCUUUAAAUGGACUGGCAUUUUUCCGAUUCAACCAAAUAUUUUUGCUGACACAAAUUUUAUAUACGAGUGUCAACUACUAGUUUGUACCAGAUGUACAAGAUAACCUUGGAAAUAACGCAGAUGUAAACAUCUCCGCUCAUAUGACCCACUCAUGAACUUCCUCAAACCAGAAGCUGUACUAGAUUUGUCUCAACGUGGAUGUUCAGGACAUGAUGACGGAACUACAGACUUAAGCGUUAACACGUCAUCUAUUUCUGAUAUUAUUUUAAUGAUUUCCAACUAUCCAGAAAUGCGAAAGAACAUAAAAAAGUAUUCUAGAUAAAAAAACAACCUUUAAUAAUUGUAACUGAGAGCCAAUGAAAAUACUUUUUGAAGAAAAGCAACAGAAAAAACGAGAACGAGAAGAAAAGGAAAAUAUCAAACAAUUAGUAAAUGGAGCAAACAAAAAAAUAUUAAAACUCCUAAAGAAAAAUCACGAAAGGCGUUUUCGGACGAAUCAUCAAAUUGGGAAAGUAAAACAGGAUUGUAUGAUGGCGAUGAAUGUAAUGAUCUUGAUAUUGACGGAAUUGGAUGUAUUAUUUGUGACGAUAUUGGAAAAAAUGAAUUGUGGUAUCGGUGUACUUGUUGCGGAAUUUGGGCACAUUCUGAAUGUUCGGAUGCAGAGACCCCUAAAGGAUAUGUUUGUGAUUUUUGUUUGGACAAGCAGAAUUAGAGUUUUUUUAAUAUUUUUGUUCUUAUUUUUGUUUACCAUUUUCCUUAGAUUUAGUUUAUUAUAAGUUCUUUGUUAGAAAUUAUCCUUACUUUAGCGUUUAAAAUAAUUGAUGGGUCCCAUUACCUGCAUGUUGGGGCAAUGAGAGCUAAAUCCUUUUGGAUUUUUUUUAAAUCAAUUCUAUUAUAAUUAGUUUUGUUUAAAAAAUGCCUUUGUUGUAUAAAAGCUAAUAGUAUGGUUACAAAAAUUAUUUCCUUAGGUGGCUGCCAUUUCCCCCAUUAACCCUACAUAUGAGGUUGCCUAACCACAUGGCUAAUAAAAAAUUUGUAUGAUAAAAACUCAUUUAAAGUUAAAAUAUGGGAACUAUAUUCAAAUGUGUGCACAAUAAAAAAAGAGGAACUAGACAGGGCUGCAUACUAUCAGCAUUAUUAUGCAACAUACAAUCUGAAUAAAUAAUCCUGAAUUUCAUAAACUUCAACAAGUUGUCAUCUUAAUUUUAUAAAUAUUGCAUGUGUUUAUUGUUACCAAAGAAUAACUUAUUACUGUAUUCUUUAAUCGAGGAUUUGCCCUAUUUUCAAUGAUUAAUUUUAUUUCAUUGCCUGUUGGGUAUUUUAUAUAAUAUUGAGACAAAUUGGUUGAUUCUAAAAACGUACUUUUUUCUAUUAUUAGAUAUAACAGAUUAUAUAUAAUUAUAGAAAAUCAAUUUAUGGUAAUAAUAAAACUUAUGUUUAUUACUAAAUCACAAUAAUAACAAGUGAGCUUAAUGAUCCACGGAGAACAAAUAAAACAAGAGCCAAAAAUACAAAUAUUCACCAACAACCACUAUAAAUAAUGAAGAAAUCAAAUCAAGAAAUUGACAAGCAUGGUACAUAUUUACCAAAAUGAAAAAUAAAAAUAUGCCGAUUGGAUUAAGAGUUAGACUUUUGAGAUGUUACGUGUUUUCUGUGGUACUUGUACGGAAUAAGGGCAUGGACACCAAAGAAAUUGAUCGUAGAUAUAUUGGAAGCUUUCCAAAUGUGAGCUUACAGAAGAAUGCUUGGAAUAAGCUGGUUAGACAGAGUUACAAACGACGUAGUUUUGAAAAGAAAUUAGAAAGUUGCAAUAUUUUGCCAUGUUUUGAAGGGUGAGGGUGAAAGUCGACAAACUGCUAAAGGCGAUCAUGCAGGAGAAAAUGUAUGGACGAAGAAACCGAUAUAGACGACGUUUUGCUGGCUAAACAAUCUAAGAAUGUGGUUAAACUGAUGUUUUACGGAAUUUUUAGAACCGGCAUAGAAGAUUCGAAGGAUAUUUUAUUAAGAAGAACCUUUUAUUAAGGAGACGACACAUAAUUAGUCUAGAAAAUAACGUUCAUCUCUGUUUUAUGUCCUGGCUGUACCGUUUUUUUUUUAAUUUAUAAAGUUGUACAUAUUUCACAAACUUUCAACAGUUUUUCUUCAGUUUGAUGCAUGCUUUAAAUCUUAAUUAUACUUAAAAGAAUUAUUAUUAUACAUAUAUCCGUAUUUGAUUUUUUUUUUCAGGAAAAUUAUGGAUACUGUUAAUUAUCGUUAAAAUAUAUUGUAUUAAUAUUGAAAAUUUGGGCAUUUCUUCUUGUUGUUUUUACUAAUUUUAGCCAUAUCGCUCUAACGAUAGUUGUAUAUUUUUAAAUUUCGAUUUUUUAAGUCCUUUGUUGUUUUUUUACUCAGUUUUUAUCAAAUUAUAUAUUGUGUAAAAGGC